AUGCAAUCGCACUGUGAUACCAAAGACUUCCUGUGUCUGUACUUGUCUGGUAAUUUCUUGAUGUAUUUCACAUAAUUAUGACACGGCAGUCUUAGCUAUAGAGCUUAUCACUGGUUACAAAGUUAAUGAGUUCUGAACUCCUUAAGGGAGGCACAGGUUCCUGAUAUCAUUAAGGAGUGGAUCAUAGGUUACCAUAUUCUACCCUGAUGGCUGGCCUCAGGUUCGACCUUGAACGAUUAUAAAUUUUGUUUUGGUCCAGUCGCCCCAGUGCUUCCCCCAGCUCUCGCUCGGCAACCGUGAAGUUCGUGCCAUGUCCAUGUAUAUCUCUUAAGGCUUCCCUCUGAGGCUGACAAAACUCAGAUACGCACAGUUAAACGAGACUGUUUCCGAAGUGUGCGCGACUUCGAUGCGCAAUGCUCUCCUGGUUAGGCAUGAAAACAAACGUCCGUAACGUUUCACCUGAUUGCGACCUAUUUUAACAAAGAGGAGGCCAAAUUAGUCCAUGCCCACAAGAGUAAAUGGUUGAUCUGUCGGAGCGACUCGUGUGGCGUAAUACAAUGUAUUAUCUAUACUCCAAUAAUGCUUCAUGUAUUCGAGGUUAACUCUUCAAUCCUCUGAUAUCCAUUAUUUCGAGUAGUUUCUCUUGUUUUAACGUUACUCUCUCAUCUCAUGGCAUAUUGAUCGUCAUUUCCUUUUAGAGAUUAGAUGAGAUGUGUGGUGCGCUAGUCACUGCACUCGUACCAUUCUCACGUUUCACUAAUAUUUCCGAUUAAAAAAAUAUAUAUAUGUAUUUAAAAAAAACCAAUUGCUCUAGUCGAGUGCAAGACCAGAUUUCAGUUUUAGCAUGAGAUGUGUAGUCUGCUAGUCACUUACUCGUAACAUUUUACUAAUACUUCGGGUUAAAAAAACAACUGCUUUAGUCGAGCACAAGACCCAAUUUCAGUUUUAGCAUAAUCUAUAAAAAUAUCGUUGGCUUUCAUAAAUGAUUGAGUUUUGUAGUUUUAUUUUAUAUUUGCUUUCAGUUAACUCCAAUAAAAUGAAUUAACAAAAUAAAUUUAUAGAGCACCAGCACCCUUUCCACUUUUGGCAUAGAUUAGGUUUCUGAAGAUAUAUUGAGUCACAUUCCAAAGCCUCACCACAAGAAAAAUUUGAGAUUCUGAUUUGAGCUAGACCUAAUCAAGGGUCAGCCUUGAUAAUUGAAAAAAAUACCGUUUUCAACUCUCACAUUUCCUCCAUUUCAUUGUUUAGACGAAUUGAUUGGAUUUUUUUCCUCGAUUUCUAAGUGUUAUGUUAAGUGCUUUAACACAGCACGAACAUUUUGCCAAUUUUUAUUUAUCGAAAAAAAAAAUGCUCUAUCCGCCACUUUAGGCGUUCAUAGGGGUAGGAUUGACAUGCAAGUGAGGAAUGGUGACCUAAUUUGCAAGUAUGUGUCAUUCAUCAGCAAAUUCUCAGGAGAUGGAACUCCCAUCAGAAUAUUUACUCCAAUUAACCAUGGAAAUAAAUUAUCAGGGAUCCGUGAGUUAGCUUUCAUUUGGAUCGAGGCCUGUAUCGUACAAAGUGGAAAAAACUUAGAGGGUAACAGCAUUAUGAUUGAUUGGUUUGCAUUCCAAGGAUGCAAUCAGGAGUAUCUCAUGCCCAAGCUAUUUUCAGUCUUUCCACGAUUGGAUCACACUGCAAUCGGGUUAAAUUCACUCAGGCAUGGAUAAUUAAAGCAUAAUAGUCUCUCAACGUCCUGUGUCUUGUGUCUUGUGUCUUGACUCCUUCCGCUAAGAACACCUUUCGUCCUCCCUUUCUUAACUAGUUUCUAAGAAAAACAAAGAACCCUUUCAAUUCGUUUUAUCGUUUUUCUUUCUUAUCUUCCUGUUUCUUCUGGAAUUUCAUUAUUUCAUUCUGUAUUUCUUUAUAAGGUUUUUAGUUUCUAAAGUAUCCGCGUCAACAGUACUUCCCAUCUUUGCAUUUGCAGUAUUUGUUUUGUCGUUUCCUUUAUCUAUGAUCAUUCAUCUAUUUUUCUUUUUUAUUUCUUUUUGAUUAGUCGUUUCAUCGAUACCCAAAAUUCACGUGACUUUGCAACAUGGUACUUUAAACCAAGUUCAGGACGCAAACGUCUCCACGAAUUAUUUUGA